AUGGAAUACAGUGGUCCUCCUUGCAGUUCUCGCAGAAGGAGCAGUUAUGACAGCAACUACUAUUCAGAAUCACUUAGUGAUUCAAAGCAAGGGAAGAAUUCAGUCGUAUCCAGCCUAGAUUGCUUGUCCAGCAUCGUGGAGCGGAUUUCAACAGAGAGCACAGUCUGUCCUGCUCUACCCACAGCUGAAAGUGGGAUUGAAGGGAGCCCUUGUUCACUCCACGAAGGGGCCAGCCUGAGUGAUACCGGAGCCCAAAUCACCUCCCCAGCCAGCUGUACUCAGGUUCCUCAGGACUCUGCCAACAACAGUGCCAGCAAUCCUAUUUACCAAGUGCUAUGAAGUGCAAAUAUGACGAAUGCUUUCUUUUAACCAGCAAUCAUACUUAAACCUGCAUUUCCAAGACUGAAAAUGAACAAAACUUGCGGCUAUAUUUUUUUUUUUACUCGCUUUCAAAUCUAUCUAAUAAUUCCUUUUUUUCCAUGCUUGUAUUACUCCAAGAAUGCACUUAUUUAUUGGUUAUAAACAAAAGCUAUUUAAUUUGUAUAUAGAGGUCUUUUAGAAUUGUGCACCAUGAAAUGGCCAAUGUUUUUUACCGUGGAAAGGUCAAAGGACAGGGAUCCUUAUAGGUCCUGAAUAGGCUGCUCAAUUCCCAUUACUAUCUGUAUACCUUAAGCAGCCAGAUGCAUUCAGAAUUGCUGCCUUUCUUUGCAAUUCCCCCCAUCUAAACCCCCGCCCCAUAAUCACAUCCACAUAUAUGCAGAAAAGGUUGUGGACCACUUUUUUUAAAAAAGAAAAAGAACAAGAACAAAUAUUUUGUAUACUUUGCAAAAAAAAAAAAAGUUUCCAUGGAAAGAACAAUAAAAAUGUAUGUAUUUAAUGUUGCUUGGUUUGUUGUGCCAAACUUUAACUUUAUAUAUUU